CAAGCAGCAGAUCGAUCGGAGUGAGUGAAUCCAAUCCACCACCACCAUGGAUACCUUGAACACCAUCGCCGUCAUCGCUGUCCUCCUGCUAGCACCGCUGCUCGCGCUGGCGCAAGCCUCACGACGCGGGACUCGCCGCCGGAACCCGUCGGGGCCGGCCGCUCUCCCCGUCAUCGGCCACCUGCACCUCUUCAGGAAGCCCCUCCACCGCACCCUGGCGCGCCUCGCCGCCCGCCACGGCGCCGUCUUCCGGAUCCGGUUCGGCUCCCGCCGCGUCGCCGUCGUGUCGUCGGCCCGGGCCGCCGAGGAGUGCCUGGGCCCGCGCGACGUCGCGUUCGCCAAUCGCCCGCGGCUGCCAUCGGGACGGAUCCUCUCCUACGACUGGACCACCAUGGGCACCGCCAGCUACGGGCCCUACUGGCGCCACGUCCGCCGCAUCGCCGUCACCGAGAUCCUCUCCGUGCUCCGGGUGCAGCAGUUCGCCGACGUCCACGAGCGCGAGGCGCGGGCCAUGGCGCGGGGCCUCUACCGCGCCGCCGGGGGCGGCCGCGCGCGAGUGGAGCUCAAGUCGCGCCUGUUCGAGCUGCUCAUGAACGCCAUGAUGGGGAUGAUGUGCGCGCGGACGUACUACGGCGAGGAGGCGGCGGCGGAUGUGAGCGAGGAGGCGCGGUGGUUCCGUAAGAUGGUGGAGGAGACGAUGGAGCUGAGCGGCGCGUCGACGGUGUGGGACUUCCUCCCGGCGUGGGCGCGGUGGCUGGACGUGGGCGGGGUGGGGCGGCGGCUGUGGCGGCUCCGGGAGGGCCGCACGAGGUUCUUGCAGGGGCUGAUCGAGGAGCAGAGGAAGGAGAUGGAGAAGGGCGCGCCGGCCAGGAGGACCAUGAUCGGGGUGCUGCUGACGCUGCAGAACGAGGACCCCGAGGCCUGCCCGGACCAGCUCAUCCGCACCUUGUGCAUUAGCUCCCUGGAAGCUGGAACAAGUACUUCAGCCGAUACAGUCGAAUGGGCUAUGUCGCUCUUGCUAAACAACCCUCCGGUGCUGGAAAAGGCUCGCCAAGAGAUCGACGCAUGCAUAGGGCAGCCAACACGCCUAAUCGAGGCGACUGAUCUGCUGAAGCUGCACUACCUUCGGUGCAUCAUCAUGGAAACCUUUCGUCUGUACCCACCAGCACCACUUCUCGUUCCUCACGAAUCCUCCACGGACUGCACGGUGGCCGGGUUCCAUAUCCCCAAGGGGACAAUGCUGUUGGUGAAUACAUUUGCAAUCCACAGGGAUCCUGAGCUAUGGGAUGAGCCAGAGAACUUCAUCCCUGAAAGGUUUGAGAAUGGGAAGAGUGAAGGCAAGAUGUUCAUCCCGUUUGGUAUGGGAAGGCGGCGAUGCCCGGCAGAGAACUUGGGCAUGCAGAUGGUCGGCCUUGCCCUUGGAACUAUGAUCCAGUGCUUCGAUUGGGAAAGAGUUGGGGAGGAUCUUGUGGACAUGAGUGAGGGCUCUGGCCUAACCUUGCCCAAAGAGGUGCCCUUGAAGGCCUUCUAUGAACCUCGCGCUUCUGUUGCCCAUCUUCUUUCGGGGAUUCAGUAGAGUUCUGAGGUCCAUCGUUGUUCUGUUUGUUUUAAAGGUUACUGCUAAAUAGCAUGCUGAAUUGCUUAUAUGUGGCAACAAUGUCUAUAUAGGCAACAAUGAUUUAGCCUAAGUGUGUAACCAAGCUCCAUGUGCAAACCUGUAGAGGAUUUUUAC